AAAUGUCACUUGCCUCAAGGGCGUGUGAUAGGAGGAUCCAGUACAUUAAACAGAAUGUUAUAUUUAAGAGGUAGCCCUGCAGUAUAUAAUAACUGGGCAGAACAUGGAGGGUUUGGUUGGAGCUACAAAGACGUUAUUCCAUAUUUUCUAAAGUCUGAGGAUCUACAGAUUGAGGACUUGAAACUAAGUGCCUAUCAUUCCACUGGUGGUCCUCUGACAGUAACAGAUGGAUCUCAUCCACAGCUAACUUCUAUAAUGCAAAUUGGAGCAGCACAGCUAGGGUAUAAAUACACAGACUGCAAUGGAAAAGAUCCUGUUGGUUUUUGUAAAAACCAAGUGACGAUUAAUAGAGGAGAGAGGCUUCAUACAGCAUCAGCUUACAUACGGCCAAGUAUGAAGCGUAAAAACUUACACAUAGCUCUUUACUCUCACGUAAUCAAGAUACUUAUUUCGAAUGGUAAAGCUGUGGGAGUCGAAUAUUUACGCAAUGGUAGAAAAGCAACAGUUGGUGCGACAAGGGAGGUUAUUUUAUCAGCAGGUCCGAUAUCAUCGCCACAUAUACUUAUCAUGUCUGGAAUAGGACCGGAAAAGCAGCUACUUGAUUUGAAAAUUCCUCCAAAAGCUAUAUUACCUGUUGGCGAAAAUUUACAAGAUCAGAUAAUAUUUCCAUUAACAUUCCAUAUGAACGAAACAUAUACAAUAACACCUGCCAGAUCUACAAGUAUUAUUAAUAGAUUGAAGUAUAAACUUACAGCCAAAGGUAUGUUGGCAUCAAACGGUGGUAUUCUUGGUCAUCUGCUACUGGACACCACGAAUUCAUCUUCAGCUAACAAACAGGCGGACGUCAUGAUAAGUAUGGCCGCCAUUUUAUCACAAAACUGGGAAAGUUCAGAAACAACUGAACGAAUGAUGCAAAAUGGACAAGGUAAUGGAAAAGUAACAGAAGGAUUUACAUUGUAUAUACAGUUACUAUCGCCUGCUAGUAGGGGCAAUAUGUCAAUUACAAGUACCAAUCCAUUUGAUCAACCAAUCAUAGAUCCACAAUAUCUAACAGAUGAACAGGACAUCAAAGCAAUCAUAUAUGGUAUAAGAACUAGUAUUAAGUUGACGAAAACAAAAGCUUUUAAAAAGAUUAUACCAAGAUUUCCACCUCAUUUAUAUAAAAAAUGUAGUGGCCACAAACCAAACAGCGAUGCCUACUUUGAAUGUGUAAUUAGAUAUACUGCAAUACCAGCAAGUAACAUUGUAGGGACUAACAGAAUGGGAGGUAACAAUGAUAACACAUCCGUAGUUGAUCAUCAGCUCAGAUUCUCACGUAUCCCAGAAGGUCCUAAUUCCACCAUCUUGGAUCGCCUGGAUUAUCCCGUUGUACAUGUUAGUUACCAUGAUGCCAAAGCUUUCUGUGAACAUUAUAAGAAACGUAUACCAUUGGAAGUUGAAUGGGAGUAUGCAGCACGUGGAGGCUAUUAUGCAAAAGAUUAUCCCUGGGGAGACAGAUAUCAAAAGAACAGAGCAAAUUUGUGGCAGGGAAAGUUUCCAAAUGGAAAUACUAAAGCAGACAAGUGGGAAGGAUUGAGUCCUGUUCAUGCAUUUUCUGCACAAAAUGAUUUUGGAUUAUAUGAUAUGCAAGGCAAUGUAUGGGAGUGGACAGACACUAGAUAUUAUGAACGAGUAGUACCCAGACACGUACAAGAUAGGAUGUAUGUUGUCAAAGGUUGCUCCUUUGUGGAUACUAGAGAUGGUAGAUCUAACAGCAUAGUUAGAGUUGCCCAAAGAAUGGGUCUUGUACCGAGCUAUACAGCACAAAACGUAGGGUUUAGAUGUGCCAAAAGUGCAAAGCAUUAUUGGAAACCACCAGUCGCUCCACCGAAGAAGGUCCUACCAAUGGAUAGACCAUCAGGACCGAGACAUCAUCUAAGAUCGGAAAUGGCGGACCCGGAUUUAGCAGAAAAAUUAAAACAACAAAGAUUGAAAAGGAAAGAAGAAUUAUGAUGAAAUGAGAUACUUAUAGACACUUAAAAUUACUUAAUUCAUAUUCAAUGCAUACUUAAUAAGAACAUUGCAG